AUUAGGGUUCUAGGAAAAAAGACCGCGAAGAGAGAGUUGAGAGGGCUGUGACUGCAUCGUCUGUUGGAGCAUUUUUGUUGAUUCGAUUCGAUGGAGUUUGGAGCUUGUGCUAGGGUUUUGAACAGCAAUCAACUCUGUUGUUCUUUACCUAUCCGCAGACAUCCCCUAUCGAGAGACCACUCGUUUUCGUACCAUCCUACCACCGCUUCAUUUCACAGUUCAUCAACAACUCUGCGCAGAGAUUGCAUUUGCAAAGCCACCCUCAAGGGAAGCAACACCACCAUCUCCGUAGAAAAGGUGAAGUGGAUGUCUGAAGAACAUUCUCAUGAUUUUGAGCUUCCUAGUAUGUUAACAGCUCUAUCCCCUCUUGAUGGUCGUUAUUGGAGUAAGGUGAAGGACUUGGCUCCUUAUAUGAGCGAAUAUGGCCUGAUUUACUUCCGAGUUCUAGUUGAGAUCAAAUGGCUGUUGAAGCUUUCUCAAAUCCCCGAAGUCACUGAGGUCCCUAGCUUCACUAGAGAAGCUCAGUCUUAUUUACAAGGCUUGAUUGACGGAUUUAGUAUUAGUGAUGCUAUGGAAGUUAAAAAGAUUGAGAAAGUAACAAACCAUGAUGUGAAAGCAGUGGAAUACUUCUUGAAACAGAAAUGCCAAGCACAUCCAGAAAUUGUCAAGGUGCUUGAGUUUUUUCACUUUGCCUGCACAUCGGAGGACAUCAACAAUCUUGCACAUGCAUUGAUGCUGAGAGAAUCAGUGAACUGUGUCAUAUUUCCUGUUAUGGAUGAUUUGAUCAAGGCAAUAUGCACCAUCGCUAAAGCUAAUGCUCACAUUCCUAUGCUUUCUCGGACUCAUGGGCAGCCAGCUUCACCUACAACUUUGGGAAAGGAAAUGGCAAAUUUUGCUGUCAGGUUAAGCAGGGAAAGGCGGGAAAUUUCUCAAACUGAAAUAAUGGGGAAGUUUGCUGGUGCAGUUGGAAAUUACAAUGCACAUCUUGUUGCAUAUCCUGAUGUCAGUUGGCCUCAAAUUGCAGAGGAGUUUGUUAGAUCUCUUGGAUUAAGUUUUAAUCCCUAUGUGACUCAGAUUGAAUCUCAUGAUUAUAUGGCAAAACUUUUUCAUUCAGUUAUCCAGUUCAACAACAUCUUAACAGAUUUUGACAGAGACAUAUGGGGCUAUAUAUCUGUAGGUUAUUUUAAGCAGAUAACUAAAGCUGGUGAGAUUGGAUCUUCAACAAUGCCUCACAAAGUGAAUCCCAUUGACUUUGAGAACAGUGAAGGCAAUCUCGGUGUAGCUAAUGCAUUUCUGUCCCAUUUAUCCACAAAGUUGCCUAUUUCACGUUGGCAGCGUGACCUAACUGAUUCAACAGUUCUGAGGAACAUGGGCAUGGGAUUAGGACAUUCUCUUCUGUCUUACAAAAGUGCAUUACAAGGGAUAGGGAAGCUUCAGGUCAAUGAUGCAUCGUUGACUGAAGACUUGAACCAAUCAUGGGAGGUUCUUGCCGAACCAAUACAGACUGUGAUGCGAAGAUACGGUGUUCCAGAGCCUUAUGAGAAACUAAAGGAACUAACUAGAGGAAGAACAGUUACUAAAGAAAGCAUGGCCCAGUUUAUUGAAGGUUUGGAAGUGCCUGCAGAAGCAAAAACAAAUCUCUUGAAGUUGACACCCCAUACCUAUGUUGGAGCAGCAGUGGAAUUAGCUAGGAACGUAGAUAUGGCCGUGAAUUUGGUGAACGGGGUUAAGGUCUUAGACACUGAGAGUUAGAAGAGUUCCCAUUUAGUUCGUUGUGAUUUGGUAUGGUCAUAUCAAAAUUUCUUACCUGUGUUCUUCUUUGCGAAUUGAUAUGAAUAGGUAAUGUGUGAGACAUAAGUAGUUUUGAGAUGUUGCUUUAUCUAGCAAAGAGAGAACACAUACAUGAUCUGAGAAAGGGUUAAUUGCAAAAAAUAAACCCUCCUGUAAUUUAUUAAAAGGUUUUGACAAGGUACUAGCUAAUCAUAAAAAAAUGAUUGCAAGAUAAUGCAAACUUUUUGAGGGGGUCAAAUUUCUUUGCAAAGUUUGUAUAAUACAUGAGAGUUUUUCUGUAAUUGACGUCGGAGAAAAGAUUGCUUGUAAUAUUACUAUGCCUAAUAUCUGCGGAUGAAACCUGAGGCUGAAGUUUUUGUAAACCACUUUCAUUCUGCAAGUAUUCCAAAUGUAACUAUAUACAGUAUCAUGCUUUGUAGUUUCA